UGGGAGACUCCUCAGCUGCCGCCGGCUCCUGGAGCCCAGCCCUCUCCUUACUCAGCCCAGCCCAGUCCCCGCCGCCUACGCCUGUCCCUGCAGCCGACCCCGGCGCUACCAUGAAUCCCGCCGUCUUCCUAUCCUUAUCCGACCUCAGAUGCUCCGUGCUGCUCCUGGUAACUUGGGCUUUUACUCCAGUAACAACUGAAAUCACAAGUCUUAAUACAGAGAAUAUAGAUGAAAUUCUAAAUAAUGCUGAUGUUGCUUUAGUAAAUUUUUAUGCUGACUGGUGCCGUUUCAGCCAAAUGUUACAUCCAAUUUUUGAGGAAGCUUCCGAUGUCAUUAAGGAAGAAUAUCCAAGUCAGAAUCAAGUGGUGUUUGCCAGAGUUGAUUGUGAUCAGCACUCUGAUAUAGCCCAGAGAUACAGAAUAAGCAAAUACCCGACUCUCAAGUUGUUCCGUAAUGGAAUGAUGAUGAAGAGAGAAUACCGAGGACAGCGAUCCGUGAAAGCACUUGCAGAUUACAUCAGACAGCAAAAAAGUGACCCAGUUCAAGAAGUUCAGAACUUAGCAGAAAUCACCUCUAUUGAUCGCAGCAAAAGAAAUAUCAUUGGAUAUUUUGAGCAAAAGGAUUCAGACAACUAUAGAGUAUUUGAAAGAGUAGCAAGUAUUUUGCAUGAUGACUGUGCCUUCCUUUCUGCAUUUGGGGAUGUUUCAAAGCCAGAAAGAUAUAGUGGAGACAACAUAAUCUACAAACCACCAGGGCAUUCAGCUCCAGAUAUGGUGUAUUUGGGAUCUAUGACAAAUUUUGACGUGACUUACAAUUGGAUUCAAGAUAAAUGUGUUCCUCUUGUCCGAGAAAUAACUUUUGAAAAUGGAGAGGAAUUGACAGAAGAAGGACUGCCUUUUCUUAUACUCUUCCAUAUGAAAGAUGACACAGAAAGCUUAGAAAUAUUCCAGAAUGAAGUAGCCCGGCAGUUGAUAAGUGAAAAAGGUACAAUAAACUUCUUACAUGCAGACUGUGACAAAUUUAGACAUCCUCUUCUGCAUAUACAGAAAACCCCAGCGGACUGCCCUGUGAUCGCUAUCGACAGCUUUAGGCAUAUGUAUGUGUUUGGAGACUUCAAGGAUGUAUUAAUUCCUGGAAAACUCAAGCAGUUUGUAUUUGACUUACAUUCUGGAAAACUACACAGAGAAUUCCAUCAUGGACCUGAUCCAACUGACACAGCUCCUGGAGAGCAAGUCCAAGAUGAGGCAAGCAGUCCACCUGAGAGCUCCUUCCAGAAACUAGCACCCAGUGAACAUAGGUACACUUUAUUGAGGGAUCGAGAUGAGCUUUAAAAACUUGAAAAACGAUUUGCAAGCCUUUUGACCACAGCAUCAACUUACAUGGUGGAAAUAGUAAACCUAUAUUUUCAUAAUUCUAUGUGUAUUUUUAUUUUGAAUAAACAGAAAGAUGUUUUGGGUUUUUAAUUUUUUUUCUCCCCCUGACUGAAAAUGCAUUGUCAUUUGGUAUAGCCUCUUUUAAAAAUUUUUGCUAGGGUAAAAAAAAAUAAAAACCAGAGGCCUAUCUUCACUUUCAACCUGUCCUGUAAAAUUUUUAUAAACAAAAGGUGACAUUGCUAAAAGCAUGUGACUAGUGUGCACUGCUAGGAUGAGGAGACCUGAGGGAGGCCUCCUGUGUAGUAAGUGGCUUUCUUUCUUUCCAUAUGACCAAUUCUGUUGCCAUUUUCAAUAUCACAUUUCUCAAAGCUAAGGGGGUGUAUACAUAUAUAUUCUGGAUACUUGGGAGGGGAAUAAAUUUAAAUUUUCUCACUGUG